AUGGCAACUUCAUCUGAAGAAGUCUUGCUGAUUGUAAAGAAGGUGCGUCAAAAGAAGCAGGAUGGAGCUCUAUACCUCAUGGCAGAAAGAAUUGCUUGGGCACCUGAAGGCAAAGAUAGAUUUACAAUCAGCCAUAUGUAUGGAGAUAUUAAAUGCCAGAAAAUCAGUCCAGAAGGAAAAGCUAAAAUUCAGCUUCAGCUGGUUCUGCACGCAGGGGACACAACUAACUUCCAUUUUUCCAAUGAAAGCACAGCAGUCAAAGAGCGAGAUGCAGUGAAAGACCUUCUUCAGCAGCUGCUGCCCAAAUUCAAGAGGAAAGCUAAUAAAGAACUUGAAGAGAAAAACAGAAUGCUGCAAGAAGAUCCUGUUUUGUUUCAGCUUUAUAAAGACCUUGUUGUGAGUCAAGUAAUCAGUGCUGAGGAAUUCUGGGCCAAUCGUUUAAAUGUGAAUUCAACAGAAAGUUCUUCCACAUCCAAUCAUAAGCAGGAUGUUGGCAUUUCUGCAGCAUUUCUGGCUGAUGUCCGGCCCCAAACAGAUGGAUGUAAUGGUCUGAGAUAUAAUUUAACUUCUGAUAUUAUUGAGUCCAUAUUUAGGACUUAUCCCGCAGUAAAAAUGAAAUAUGUAGAAAAUGUUCCCCACAGCAUGACAGAAAAGGAAUUCUGGACACGUUUUUUUCAGUCCCAUUAUUUUCACAGGGACCGGCUGAAUACAGGGUCAAAGGACCUGUUUGCAGAAUGUGCCAAAAUAGAUGAAAAAGGGUUAAAAACAAUGGUUUCUUUAGGAGUGAAAAACCCACUACUUGAUUUGACAGCUUUGGAAGAUAAACCGUUAGAUGAGGGCUAUGGUAUAUCUUCUGUGCCAUCUACUUCUAAUUCUAAAUCCAUAAAGGAGAAUAGUAAUGCUGCCAUCAUCAAGAGAUUUAACCAUCACAGUGCCAUGGUCCUAGCAGCAGGUCUCAGGAAACAAGAAGCACAAAAUGAACAAAAUGGUGAGCCCAGCAGCAUUGAUGGAAAUUCCAGAGAUGCAGACUGCUUUCAGCCAGCAGUCAAAAGGGCGAAGUUACAGGAGUCCAUUGAAUAUGAAGACUUAGGAAAAAAUAAUUCCAUAAAAACGAUUGCACUAAACCUCAAGAAGUCUGAUAGGUAUUAUCAUGGUCCAACUCCAAUCCAAUCACUACAGUAUGCAACAAGUCAGGAUAUUAUUAAUUCUUUUCAAAGUAUUAGACAAGAAAUGGAAGCUUAUACACCCAAAUUAACUCAGGUUCUCUCAAGUAGUGCUGCCACUAGCACCAUCACAGCACUGUCACCUGGAGGAGCACUUAUGCAGGGAGGGACACAGCAAGCCAUAAACCAGAUGGUGCCAAAUGAUAUUCAGUCUGAACUGAAACACCUGUAUGUGGCUGUUGGGGAACUUCUCCGGCACUUCUGGUCCUGCUUUCCUGUCAACACGCCGUUCCUGGAAGAAAAGGUAGUGAAAAUGAAAAGUAAUUUGGAACGAUUCCAGGUUACAAAGCUCUGCCCAUUCCAAGAAAAAAUUCGAAGACAGUAUUUAAGCACAAAUUUGGUAAGUCACAUAGAAGAGAUGCUCCAGACAGCCUACAACAAGCUCCACACGUGGCAGUCACGGCGUCUGCUGAAGAAAACGUGA